GAGGGGGAGAAGAAGAAAAGGUCGGGAGUUGAGAUGAAGGGGAAAACCUGAAAUCCACUUCGGGUGUAUGUGUGCUGGUUGCUCCUGAAUAAGAUGGAAAGUCCUGUGGGAAGUUGGGAUGGAGAAGAGAUGGCCAUGCUCCCUGCAAGAUCCCAAAGGUUACAGUCUGUUCUCCUGGUCUCUGAUGCUCUGCAUCUCUACACCCAGCCCGUCCCUCCAAGUCCAUGGCAACCUCAGGUUUGUUCUCAUGAACAAGAUGGAUGACCUCAACCUGCACUACCGGUUUCUGAAUUGGCGCCGGCGGAUCCGGGAGAUCCGAGAGGUCCGGGCUUUCCGAUAUCAGGAGAGGUUCAAGCACAUUCUUGUGGAUGGAGACACUCUGAGUUACCAUGGAAACUCUGGUGAAGUUGGCUGCUACGUCGCUUCUCGACCUCUGACCAAGGACAGCAAUUAUUUUGAGGUGUCUAUUGUGGACAGCGGGGUCCGGGGCACCAUUGCUGUGGGACUGGUCCCUCAGUACUACAGCUUGGAUCACCAGCCUGGCUGGUUGCCCGACUCUGUAGCCUACCAUGCUGACGAUGGCAAGCUGUACAAUGGCCGAGCCAAGGGCCGCCAGUUUGGAUCAAAGUGCAACUCUGGGGACCGGAUUGGUUGUGGCAUUGAGCCAGUGUCCUUUGAUGUGCAGACUGCCCAGAUCUUCUUCACCAAAAAUGGGAAGCGGGUGGGCUCCACCAUUAUGCCCAUGUCCCCAGAUGGGCUGUUCCCAGCCGUGGGCAUGCACUCCCUGGGGGAGGAGGUGAGGCUGCACCUCAACGCCGAGCUGGGCCGCGAGGACGACAGCGUCAUGAUGGUGGACAGUUACGAGGACGAGUGGGGCCGGCUGCACGACGUCCGGGUCUGCGGAACUCUGCUGGAGUACUUGGGCAAGGGCAAGAGCAUUGUGGAUGUGGGGCUGGCCCAAGCCCGGCACCCGCUGAGCACCCGGAGCCACUACUUUGAGGUGGAGAUCGUGGACCCUGGAGAGAAAUGCUAUAUCGCCUUGGGACUGGCCCGGAAGGAUUAUCCCAAGAACAGGCACCCCGGCUGGAGCAGAGGAUCUGUGGCUUAUCAUGCGGAUGACGGGAAGAUCUUCCAUGGCAGUGGUGUGGGGGACCCCUUUGGGCCACGCUGUUACAAAGGGGACAUUAUGGGCUGUGGAAUCAUGUUCCCCCGGGACUACAUUCUGGACAGUGAGGGUGACAGUGAUGACAGUUGUGACACAGUGAUCCUGUCCCCGACUGCCCGAGCUGUCCGGAACGUCCGGAAUGUCAUGUACCUGCACCAGGAAGGGGAAGAGGAAGAGGAGGAAGAGGAAGAGGAAGAUGAUGGGGAAGAGAUAGAGCAGGAGCACGAGGGCAAGAAGGUGGUGGUUUUCUUCACCCGGAAUGGCAAGAUCAUUGGGAAGAAGGAUGCUGUUGUACCUUCUGGGGGCUUCUUCCCCACCAUUGGGAUGCUGAGUUGUGGGGAGAAGGUCAAAGUGGAUCUGCACCCAUUGAGUGGCUAGGGCCUUCUCCCCUGGACCUGCCCCUUCUCCCUCUACUCGCCGUUUGCAGAACCAGGUACCAGUUCCUUACUUCCCUGAGGAUUCAGAGGGUGUGAAGUCACUCUGCCCCUACCAGAUCAGGCCCCUGUCAAGCUCCUGUGUGCCCACAUUUCUGACCUGGUGCUGCCCCUGUCGUCAGUCCCUGGGCUCAAGUCCCUGCUUGGACAGGAACGGGCCCAAAGAAUGGUGUUGCUCUCUUGGUGGGUCCCCCUGGCUUUGUCCAGUGGGCUUCCAAGGCUCCCCCCCCCCCCCGCCCACUGGCCCACAUGAAGGGAGAGGAGUGAGUGACUGUUUCAGCUGCUCUGGGGCCUGAGGCUCGGCAGAGGGUGGAGCAGGACAGCUCCUCCCGUUUACCACAGUAUUUCUCCUCGAAUUUUUUGUUCCCUGUCCUCAUCGUGUGAACCAGUUGCUGCUGUCAUCCCCCCUGGCUGGGCUAGGGGGGCUCCCCUGGGCCUCUCUCUCCUUCCAUUGACUGCUGUCCCAAGAAGACUACUCGAGGGUCUCUGCUCUUUCCUCAGAGAGCCCACCUCCUCCCUCACUACCUGCUCAGGCACCACAGCCCCGCCGAGAAUCCGAGUCUCCGGCUCUCCCCAGCCAUACACACGUAGAUGGUGCCCAUGACGUGUUUGAUGGAGUGAGAGAGGGGCUGUCAGGUGGGGGGACUGGGGCCCGUGCUCCUCUCUGCCCUUGCCCUCCUCGGCUCACCCGGGCACCCUUGUCCCUAUUUUCCGGGGAGGGCUGUCUCUCCUGCGCGGUGAGGGCAAGACCCCAGAGCCCUGGGAGAGCCCAGAGGGCUGGCCCCGCACUCCCUUGCCUGCCCCCUGCCCCCGCUUGCUGCCUGUGCCAGUUGCCUGUUUUGCUUCAGUGUUUGAUUCUAGCACUUAGGUGUGUCCUCCCCCCCCAAGCCCUCCGGUCUCCUACCCACUUGACCCCUGACCCCUCCCACACAGUGAUUCCUGGGAGGGAGAGGGAGCAGGAGCUGUUGGCCUUGGUUUGCACAGAGUGGGCAGGGCUUUGGGGGGAGGGGGGAGCUGUUGUGCUGCUGGGGCCUCCUCUUCGGCCCUCCCUUCCGGCCCUGCACUAUGAUGUAUGAAAUGUAUGUACAGACCAGAGAUGUUUAUACAGCCAAUAAAGAUGGAGUUUCCAUAUUUAUCAGUA